AUGAGUGCUAUUUCUGACUUCGGGGCUUCGAUUCCGAAAAAAAUCAAGUCUGCUUCGAUGGGGAAGAACAAUCUUUGUAUGUUUAUUCUCAAGCAUUCGCCUCACGUAUUUGCUCAUCUAACUAUCAUUGCUCAGUUUAUCACAUUUGCUGACCCAGAUAGCCCUCCUAAAGUAGAUCAGGUGCGUCAUACUCCAUUAAGCUCCAACAAACCGGAGCUUGUUAUCAUCGAUGCCUAUAGCAAUGAUAAACUACUUCAGAAGAAUAUCUUCUCUCAUUACUAUAGACAUGGGCGACACUUUAAACUCUCAACCAUAUUCCUAAGCCACAGCUACUUUGCCACUGAUAAGAUGAUUCGGUUGAAUUUGGAGUACGUAGCGAUUCUAAGAGCGAAUUCGAAGCGUGAUUUACAGAUGGUUGUAAUGGAUUUUAACAUCAAAGGCGUUGAUGAACGAUCAAUCGUCUAUUACUACAAUAAAGCAACGGAGCGCAAAGACCAGAUGCUGUUCGUGGAUUCAGUCAAAGGUCAAAUCAGAUAUAACAUCGAUUGGCCGAUCGAUAUUGAGCAAUAA